GAGAUUCAGCUUCCCCCAGUGAAUAUCGGUUGAUCGGUUGUCCGUUGGGUUUCGGUUGUGAUAGAUCAGUGUGACAUAAUAGUUUUUUCUUCAGAAUGAAGAUUCUAGUGGUUCUGGCUUGCAUAGCCGCUGUGACGGCUCGUCCUGAAGCUCCGCUUCAAGGAUACAACUAUGCACGGCCGGCAGCGUUCCCGGCACAAGCACAUUCGCAAAACUUUGCGGUGUCCAGUUCCUUCCAAGCCGCUCCAGCUCCUCAGUACCACGCACCAGCUCCUGCCCCACAGUAUCAUGCUCCGGCUCCUGCUCCUCAAUAUCACGCACCGGCUCCAGCUCCACAGUACCAAGCCGCACCUGCAUUCCCAUCGUCCGGGUUCGGAUCAGCGAUCUCCUCAGCCGGUGCCCAUGCUCAACAAUCAUUUGCUCCCCAGCAAACGGUCGUCCAGAAGCACAUCUACGUCCACGUACCGCCCCAGGAACCCGAGGAACACCACGCCCAGCAGAUCCUGAGCCAGGGUGUCGCCCGUAAGCACUAUAAGAUCAUCUUCAUCAAGACACCGAACGUACAGCCAUCGGCAGCUCAGAUUGCCCUGCAGCAGGCCCAACAGGAAGAAAAAACUAUCGUCUAUGUGCUGGUUAAGAAACCCGAGGACCAGGGUGAUAUCCAUAUCCCACAGGUAGCGCCACUACCGCCAAGCAAACCGGAGGUCUACUUCAUCAAGUACAAGGCCAACCGGGCCCAGGGUGGUGGAGCAGGUCAUGGUGGUGCUGCCGCAGCGACUUCGUUCACCUCCGGUGGUGGAUCAGCCUUCGAUUCGGCGAUAUCGUCCAGUGCCGUGUCGGGUGGUGCUAGCAGUGGCAGCCUACCACACUCCGAGUACGGCGCCCCUGGCGGACACCCCGGAUACCAGUAAAAUCAGCAACACUGCCAAACUUUUUCCUCAUCACACCCCCUUGGCGCAAACAACACUCGUGAACGCGGCUGCAUCCAACCGGCGAUACCUCCUGUAGUAGUUGCUUUAAAACUAGUCUAGUUUAGUGCGCGUGCGAAUGAUUUUUUUUCAGGCUCAGACCCCCUUUUCUAUCCCUGACUGACUGACACACUAUUUUUGUUAAAUCUUUACUUUUCUAGAAAAAAAAAACAAAGUGACAUUUGACAUUCGAACCAAUCGCGGUCUGCCAUCGGGCUGCCAUUUUUCUUUUUCUUAACGGUGACAAAAGAAAGAUGGCGCAUGGCAGACUACCUAACCGAGUAGAUUUUUUUUUUCGUUUCUAUUUUCAUCUUCCUCAACACACCACAACAACAACAACAGGUUCGAAUGUCAAGCCUGAACGUGGAAGACUAAUUUAGUUUAGAAACGGGAAUAGCUGACAAUUUUUUUUCGCUAUUAAAUUAUUGAAACCAACAAAAGAUGUAGGAAGAAAAAGCGAAGUUUUAGUUUGUAGUUUUGUAUAGCUUAGCAGAAGAGAGAAACAAAUUGUUUUUUUUUUAUAAUUGUAUAGGAAAAUAAAAUAAAAUAAAAGAGAGAUUUUAA